AUGGUCGGAGACAUGGACUCAAUGAAGGUCGGAAAGGCUAGAGUGACGAGUUACGAAGAUCUCCAAAAGGCACGAAUGGAUAAAGCCGUGAAGGAAGCCGAGAAAGAGGCAAGGAAGUCUAGGAACGUGACCUCGAACGUCGAAGACUCCGGUGUCAAGCCGACGGUGAAGGCGGCUGAGGCCAACCCAAUGCAAUGCAUAGAAACCGAGCAGCUUGCAGCACAAGGGCAUGCCUCGAAGGAUGAAAAGAUCAAUUCGAGUCACUAUGGCAGGCGCAACAGCACCGAGACACAGAUGCUGGGUGGGGCCACAUACCACAUAGUCAAGCACAAGUUUUCGCGGCUUCUCUCGACUGCUUUUAAAUAG